AUGUCUGCCGCAGGAAGCUCGGAAUUUCUCGUCGGCAAUUUCCAUGUCGCGUACCGCCUCAUCACCCAAGUCGUCUUCGUCGGCACCCGCAUCGUCGGCCGUUCCUUCGCCGCAGCCUACAAGCAAGCGCAGGCCUCCUCCGAGUACGCCCGCGCGCAAGCCAAGAACGGCAACGCACCCGCCGGCACAAAGGGCGCCGGCACCGGCGGCUCGGGCAUGACGCUCGACGAGGCGUGCAAGAUCCUCAACGUCGAGGCACCCGGCAAGAACGGCGCCGACGCCAACGCCGGCGAGGUCAUGGAGCGCUUCAAGAAGCUGUUCGACGUCAACGAUCCCAAGAAGGGCGGCAGCUUCUACCUGCAGAGCAAGGUGCUCCGGGCGAGGGAGAGGUUGGAGAAGGAGAUUGGGCCGCUGGUGGAGAAGGAGGAGGUCGAGGCUGAGGUGAAGGAAGGGUUCAAGCCCAAGAUUUACAAGGACCGGUGA